AUGGCGGAAGGAGGUGAGCGAGAGGAACUGCUCUCGCCGUCGCCGGUCUCUCCGGCCAAGCGCCUGUGCUCGUGGCCCAGUCCACAGGCUCACCACCCUCGCGGUUCGCCCGGGGCGGCCGGCGGCGGGGUGGGGGGCGUCGGCGGCAGCUGCCUACCCCCGGGGGCCCGCCCCCACCUGCAGCCCGAGUCCUUGCUGGACUGCGCCGCCAAGACGGUGGCAGAAAAGUGGGCGUACGAGCGGGUGGAGGAGCGCUUUGAGCGGAUCCCGGAGCCCGUGCAGCGCCGCAUCGUCUACUGGUCCUUCCCGCGGAAUGAGCGGGAGAUCUGCAUGUACUCCAGCUUCCAGUACCGCGGCGGCCCUGGCGCCGGCGCGGCUAGCGGCGCCGCGGGGGCUUCGCCGGCCGAGGAGGGGCCGCCGCCACCCCCCGGAGCCGCAGCUCCGGCCGGCUCCGCCCCCGGGGCCGCCGUGGCGGGGGCGUCCCCCGGACUGGGCUCUGGGGCUGGAGUGGCCGGCGGCGGUAGCGGCGAGGGGCUCCCCUUCCGCCGGGGCAUCCGUCUGCUGGACAGCGGCUCCGUGGAGAAUGUGCUGCAAGUCGGCUUCCAUCUCAGUGGCACAGUAACUGAACCAGCCACUACUUCUGAACCAGCAGUGACUUAUAAAGUUGCCAUCAGUUUUGAUCGAUGCAAAAUCACCUCAGUGACAUGUGGCUGUGGGAAUAAAGACAUAUUCUACUGUGCUCACGUGGUAGCACUCUCACUCUACAGGAUCCGUAGACCAGAUCAAGUCAAAUUGCGUCUUCCUAUCUCAGAAACCCUUUUCCAGAUGAAUAGGGACCAGCUACAAAAGUUUAUUCAAUAUUUAAUCACGGCACACCACACUGAAGUUCUUCCUACUGCACAGAAAUUGGCAGAUGACAUUCUGUCCUCCAACUCCGAAAUCAACCAAGUAAAUGGUGCUCCUGACCCCACGGCUGGGGCCAGCAUUGAUGAUGAGAACUGUUGGCAUUUGGAUGAAGAACAGGUGAAAGAACAAGUGAAGCUCUUUCUCUCCCAGGGUGGUUACUAUGGCUCUGGAAAGCAACUCAAUUCCAUGUUUGCCAAGGUUCGAGAGAUGCUGCGGAUGAGAGAUUCCAAUGGAGCCAGGAUGCUGACACUAAUAACGGAACAGUUUAUGGCCGACCCACGACUCACACUGUGGAGGCAACAAGGAACAAGCAUGACAGAUAAGUGCAGGCAGCUCUGGGAUGAGCUAGGGGCCUUAUGGGUGUGCAUCAUUUUAAAUCCACAUUGCAAAUUGGAAGAAAAAUCCUGUUGGCUGCAGCAACUGCAGAAAUGGAAUGACCUGGAUGUCUGUCCCCUGGAGGAUGGGAACUAUGGGCAUGAGCUGCCCAACAUCACCAAUGCACUUCCCCAGAAUGCCAGUCACAGUUCAGAUUCUUUAUCCAGACCGAGACGGACAGUGUUCACUAGAGCCAUCGAGGGCCGUGAGUUGCAUUGGCAGGACAGCCACUUACAGCGAAUCAUCAGCAGUGAUGUAUACACAGCUCCUGCCUGCCAGCGGGAAAGUGAGAGGCUACUCUUCAAUUCCCAAGGCCAACCACUGUGGCUUGAGCAUGUGCCUACAGCCUGUGCUCGGGUUGAUGCCCUGCGUUCCCAUGGUUACCCAAAAGAGGCCCUCAGACUCACAGUGGCCAUUAUCAAUACUCUCAGGUUGCAGCAGCAGCGGCAGCUGGAAAUCUACAAGCAUCAGAAGAAAGAACUGUUGCAGAGGGGAACCACAACCAUCACAAACCUAGAAGGCUGGGUGGGCCACCCUCUGGAUCCAAUUGGCUGCCUGUUUCUCACCUUGACUGAGGCCUGCCGCCUGAAUGAUGAUGGCUAUCUGGAAGUGUCAGAUAUGAAUGAAAGCAGACCCCCUGUGUACCAGCAUGUGCCUGUGGCUGCAGGCUGCCCAAACAGCAGUGAGUCCUACCUGUCAUUGGCCAUGGAAGUUGCUCUGAUGGGGAUGGGUCAACAGAGGGUGAUGCCUGAAGGCCUCUAUGCACAGGACAAGGUGUGCCGUAACGAGGAGCAACUGCUGAGUCGACUCCAGGAGCUGCAGCUGGACGAUGAGCUAGUGCAAACACUGCAGAAACAGUGCAUCUUACUACUAGAAGGAGGCCCCUUCAGUGGCCUGGGAGAAGUCAUCCACCGAGAGAGUGUUCCCAUGCACACCUUUGCCAAGUACUUGUUCUCAGCUCUGCUGCCGCAUGAUCCAGACCUGUCCUAUAAGUUAGCCUUACGUGCCAUGAGGUUACCUGUUCUAGAAAACUCAACUUCUUCAGGCGACACUUCCCACCCUCACCAUAUGGUAUCUGUGGUGCCCAGCCGUUACCCUCGCUGGUUCACGCUUGGACACUUGGAAUCACAGCAGUGUGAACUGGCCUCCACCAUGCUGACUGCUGCCAAAGGGGACACUCUGAGGCUCCGAACAAUCCUGGAAGCAAUACAGAAGCACAUCCAUUCUUCUUCCCUCAUCUUCAAACUGGCCCAAGAUGCAUUCAAGAUUGCUACUCCCACGGACAGUAGUACAGAUGGCACCCUGCUCAACGUGGCCUUGGAGCUGGGGCUACAGGUGAUGAGGAUGACCUUAUCAACCCUCAACUGGAGGCGCCGGGAGAUGGUGCGGUGGUUGGUAACCUGUGCUACAGAAGUGGGUGUGCGGGCCCUGGUGAGCAUCUUGCAGAGCUGGUACACACUCUUCACCCCCACCGAGGCUACCAGUAUUGUAGCUGCCACAGCCGUCUCCCACACCACCAUCCUGCGCCUCAGUCUUGACUAUCCACAGCGGGAGGAGCUGGCCAGCUGUGCUCGCACCCUGGCCCUGCAGUGCGCUAUGAAGGAUCCGCAGAGCUGUGCCCUGUCGGCCCUUACCCUAUGUGAGAAGGACCACAUCGCCUUCGAAGCAGCCUAUCAGAUCGCCAUCGAUGCUGCGGCUGGCGGCAUGACUCACUCACAGCUGUUCACCAUCGCCCGCUACAUGGAGCUCCGUGGCUACCCGCUACGUGCCUUCAAGCUGGCCUCACUGGCCAUGAGCCAUCUCAACCUGGCCUACAACCAGGACACCCACCCGGCCAUCAACGAUGUGCUCUGGGCCUGCGCCCUCAGCCACUCCCUGGGCAAGAAUGAGCUGGCGGCCCUGAUCCCCCUGGUGGUGAAGAGCGUGCACUGCGCCACAGUGCUUUCAGACAUCCUUCGGCGCUGCACGGUGACUGCUCCUGGACUGGCCGGCAUCCCAGGCCGCCGCAGCUCAGGAAAGCUCAUGUCCACUGACAAGGCUCCCCUGCGCCAGCUGCUGGAUGCCACCAUCAAUGCCUACAUCAACACCACACACUCGCGCCUGACGCAUAUCAGCCCUCGCCACUAUGGAGAGUUCAUUGAGUUUCUGAGCAAGGCCCGGGAGACCUUCCUGCUGCCGCAGGAUGGCCACCUGCAGUUUGCCCAGUUCAUCGACAACCUCAAACAGAUCUACAAAGGCAAGAAGAAGCUGAUGCUGCUGGUGCGAGAGCGCUUCGGCUGA